CGGCAAACUCGGACACUCCAACAGGAUGCAGUUCACCCUCAUCUCCACUCUGUUCCUCUUCGCCGCCAGCGCCAGCGCAGCCGUCAACGGCCCGUGCUCCGUCUCCGGCACACCCGGCGUCUGCCUGUCGACCGCCGCGUGCUCCAGCGGCGGCGGAAAGUCCACCGCGGGCUUCUGCCCCAACGAUCCUGUCGGCAUCCAGUGCUGCACCAAGACGUCCUGCGGAUCCGGCGGGAACUGUCGCUGGACCAGCCAGUGCACUGGCACGCCCGUGUCCAACCUGUGUCCUGGCCCCGCAGACUUUAAGUGCUGCCAGCCGUCCGGCGGAAACCCAACGAUCCCCACUUCUAACUGCAAAUCCCAUGUCGUAACGAACGGCUACAAAAUCCUGAACCAGUUUCCGGGGAAGGUGCACACUGUGUGGUGCUACGCCAACAAGCCCGGCGACCACGGUCUCGGCCUCGCCCUCGACCUUAUGGUCCCCAACCGCAGUGCAAUUGGCCAAACCAUCGCCGAGUGGACGAUGAACAACCACUCAAGUCUGAAGGUGAAAUACAUCAUCUGGGGCCAGAAGAUCUGGAACCGCGAGGUCGAUGUCAACCCCAAGGCGUGGGCUAGCUGGCGGUCUAUGGAGGAUCGGGGGUCCGAUACGGCUAAUCACUGGGAUCAUCCGCAUGUUUCGUUCUUUGCAUAGCGGAGAUGUUUGGUUCUGCGUAGGUACGAGAAGAGAACCGGGCGCGCGGCUGGCGAUAGUAGCCUGCUGCUUGUUCGGGAGAGGGAGACGCGGGAGAAUGCGAUUUUUACAUGUAACUGUCACGAGAGAGAAUGAAUCACGUAUUUCGGCG